UUGGCGGAGCUGACGGUGGAUGAGUUCCUGGCCUCGGGCUUUGAUUCCGAGUCCGAAUCAGAGCCCGAGGGCGCCCCGGCAGCGGAGGCGCCGACGGCAGCCCGGAGUCCACGUGGGCCAGGUGGGGGCCCCUCGGCCAGCCGGCGGAAAGGCCGUGCCUCUGAGCACAAGGACCAGCUCUCUCGGCUGAAGGACAAGGACCCCGAGUUCUACAAAUUUCUGCAGGAGAACGACCAGAGUCUGCUGAAUUUCAGCGCGUCAGACAGUUCUGAGGAUGAAGAGGAGCAGUUCCACUCCCUGCCCAACAUGCUGGAGGAAGCAAGUGAGGAGGAGGAGGAGGAAGAUGGAAUGGAGGCUGGGGACAGAGUCCCCAGGGGACUGCAGGGGAAGAAGAGCGGUUCAGCUCCUGUGACCCUUGCUAUGGUUGAGCAGUGGAAACAGGCAGCAAAGCAGCACCUCACGCCAAAGCUGUUCCACGAGAUUGUGCAGGCGUUCCGAGCGGCUGUGGCCACCACCCAGGGAGACCAGGAAGGUGCCGAGGCCAGCAGGUUCCAGGUCAUGGACAGUGCAGUGUUCAAUGCCAUGGUCACCUUUUGUAUCAGAGACCUCCUCAGCUGUCUCCAGAAGCUGCUGUUUGGCAAGGCCCCAAAAGACGGCACCAGGGGGGCGCCACCAUCCAGCAGCCCACUGUGGGGGAAGCUCCGUUUGGACAUCAAGACUUACCUGAGCUCAGUCACACAGCUGGCAGGCUGCCUGACUGAGGCAACGGUGGCGGCAGCCGUCCUCCAGCACAUCAGUAGCGUGGUGCCCUACUACCUGACCUUCCCACAGCAGUGCCGUGUGCUGCUCAAGAGGAUGGUGGUCCUGUGGGGCACUGGCGAGGAGACCCUGCGUGUGCUGGCCUUCCUGGUCCUUGUCAAAGUCUGCCGGCACAAGAAGGAUGCCUUCUUGGGCCCCAUCCUCAAGCGAAUGUACAUUACGUACGUGAAGAACUGCAAGUUCACAUCCCCCAGUGCCCUGCCCACCAUCACCUUCAUGCAGCGCACCCUCACGGAGGUGCUUGCCUUAGACUCCGGGGCCGCCUAUCAGCAUGCCUUUCUCUACAUCCGCCAACUCGCCGUCCACCUGCGCAAUGCCAUGGCCAUGCGGAAGAAGGAGACGUACCAGUCCGUGUACAACUGGCAGUUCAUGCACUGCCUCCACCUGUGGUGCCGUGUCCUGGGCACCCUCUGCCCCAGCGGGGCUCUUGAGCCCUUGAUCUACCCCCUCGCACAGGUCAUCAUUGGCUGCAUCAAGCUAGUCCCCACUGCCCGCUUCUACCCGUUGCGCCUGCACUGCCUACGCGCCCUGACGCUGCUCUCGGAGAGCACGGGCACCUUUAUCCCUGUGCUGCCCUUCCUCCUUGAGGUUUUCCAGCAGGUCAACUUCAACAAGAAGCCAGGACGCAUGAGUGCUAAACCCAUCAACUUUGCCGUGAUCCUGAAGCUGUCCAAUGUCAACUUGCAGGAGAAGGUUUACCGGGACGGCCUGCUGGAGCAGCUAUGUGAUCUCACCCUGGAGUACCUGCAGGGCCAGGCCCACAGCAUUGCCUUCCCAGAGUUGGUGCUGCCGGCUGUCCUGCAGCUGAAGUCCUUCCUGCGGGAGUGCAAGGUGGCCAACUACUGCCGCCAGGUGCGCCAGCUGCUGGAGAAGGUGCAGGAGAACGUGGAGUAUGUGCGCUGCCGCCGCCAGGCUGUCUCCUUCGGCGUGUCUGACCAGCCGACUGUGGAUGCCUGGGAGAAGCAGACACGGGCAGAAGGGACCCCACUCACCAAGUACUACAGCCACUGGAGGAAGCUGCGGGACCGGGAGAUCCAGCUGGAGAUCAGCGGCAAAGAGCGGUUGGAAGACUUGAACUUCCCAGAAAUAAAGCGGCAGAGAACAGAGAAGAGGAAAGAGGAGGACAGGAAGGAGUUCAAGGACCUCUUUGACUUGGACAGUGAUGACGAGGAGGAUGUUUCUGGCCUCUCAGGGACAGGAGCUCCAGGGUCCCUGAGAGUUCGACAUGGGGCAGAGGAGGAGGAAGAUGAUGAAGAUGGUGGCAGCAGCAGUGGCAGUGAGGAGGAAGUCAGCGACUUGGAUGAUGGCGGUGCAGACGCGGAGGCGGGGCUGGGCCCCGGGGAGCUGCAGCGGCUGGCCCAGGGGCCAGAGGACGAGCUUGAGGACCUACAGCUCUCUGAGGAGGACUGAGGCCACAGCAGCCAGCAGUGGGCAAGGCCAUAGACUGUGGACAGAACUUUAUUUUUACAACAUGAAAGACCAAACGUACCAAAAGCUGGGCCACUCCCUCCACUGGCAGCCCUGGGGCAGGAACACACGGUUUAGCCUGCCCACUGUGGCCCCGUGCCUCGGGAAGGAAACUGCCCCCUCCUGACUGCAGGAUGUGCAAGGCCCCAAAGCAGGACCAGCCCCAUUUCCAGGGGAGCCGGGGCCUGGCUGGAGCCCAUGUGAUCCAUGGCAGCCUCUGUGCCUCCUGUCUUUGGUGUGUCUGCCACUGCUGGGGCAUGGGGACCUCAGGCUUGGUCCCAGGGAACCAAAGCGCAGGCUGGCUGCUUGACUUUGCAGCACCCCCAAAAGUCUUUGGAACGUG